GAGAGGGGAUAUUUCAGCUCGUUGUCGUAGACGUUUUACAGCUACAUAAAUCCGCGACUUUCUCGAAAUAUUGUUUUCUCUGGGCUUGUCAGACAGAGGGUAUGUUCAAUUUUGUUAUAUAGUUUGGCCAUCUCUUUGGUUCUUUGAAAUGCGAACUCGAACCUAUAUGCUAUAGGUAAUCGGUAAGCUAGAUUUAUAGAAAUCGUGAUACCGCAUGCCUGACUUGGGUUAAAAAAUUCACAAUUGCCAGACUGGCGCUUGUGUUGUGCGUCAAGAACCUCGACAUUCGGCAGCUACUCCGAAAGAUCUGUCCAUACAUCGCUCACGUUGUUGAGACUAUCUAACUGAGGAGGUCCGAAAAUCAAGAUUCCACAAUGACAGCUUCAAAGGAAGGAGAAGAGGACUUUGUUCAAUUAAGCCCCGAAUCAAGGAACUACAAGGGGAUCGCCAUCUCUCUGCUGGUCAUAGUGGCUGUCUGCUCCCUCAUCACCAUGUCAGUGUUCGUGCUGACACCAGUGGAAGUCCCGGGUGCCGCCAACUCCAGGCUUACUGUGUGGGACUUGUUCAAACCAGAGUUUGCCGUUCAUGAUCCCAAGGCCAGGUGGAUAGGUGAUGCAGAGGUUUUGUACAGGAACAGAGAUGGCCAUGUCAUCAAGUUCAACUUCGCUUUAAACGAAACAGACAUAAUCCUGAGAAACAGCACAUUUGUGGCUUUCAAGGUUGCAAAAUAUUCCCUCUCUCCAGACAUGAAAUAUGUCCUUUUCGCUUAUGACGUUAAGCAGGUGUAUAGGCAUUCAUAUACGGCGUCUUACAUUGUUUACAACAUUCACACAAGGGAGGUGUGGGAACUGAACCCUCCUGAGGUGCAGAAUGCAGUGCUCCAGCAUGCGUCCUGGGGUGUACAGGGACAGCAGCUGAUCUACAUCUUUGAAAACAACAUCUAUUACCAAUCGGAUGUGCGAAGCAAUUCUCUCAGGAUUACUUCUUCGGGGGAGGAAAGAGUGAUAUUUAAUGGAAUCGCUGACUGGCUAUAUGAAGAGGAGAUCCUGCACUCACAUAUAACCCACUGGUGGUCGCCGGACGGUGAGAGGCUGGCCUUCCUCAUGAUCAACGACACGCUGGUGCCCAACAUGUUCUUGCCCCAAUUCACUGGCAGCACAUACCCCAAAUCCCAGGAAUAUCCAUACCCAAAGGCCGGCCAGCCCAACCCUGUGGUCCGACUGUUGGUGGUCAACCUGUAUGGCCCCACUCACACUGUGGAGCUGCUCCCGCCUGAGAGCUUUAGGGGAAGGGAAUACUACGUGGUCAUGGUGAAAUGGAUCAGUAGCAACCACGCGGCGGUUCGAUGGCUCACCAGGGCCCAGAACGCGUCCUUCCUCACGGUGUGCGACGUCACCGUUGGAUCCUGUCUACAGAGGCACGAGGAGACUUCAGAUCUCUGGCUCACCAGACAGGACCAGGAGCCAGUUUUUUCAAAGGACGGGAACAGGUUUUUCCUGACCAUCCCAGUGAAGCAGGGAGGACAAGGAGAAUUCCAUCAUAUUGCCAUGUUCACAAAAUCGUUCAGGAGUGAUCAAAGCGACGUCCGUCACCUGACGUCAGGCAACUGGGAGGUUACCAAGAUUUUAGCCUAUGAUGAGGACGCGCAAACCGUGUAUUUUAUCAGUACUCAAGAAUCCCCACAAAAGAGGCAUGUUUACAGUGCAUCUACUACUGGUCUGUUCUCUCGACGAUGUCUGACCUGCGAUCUGAACCGGGAGGAAUGCACGUUCUUUGACGCAGAUAUCAGCCCGAACAAGCAGCAUGUUUUACUGCAGUGCAAAGGUCCCGGAGCUCCGUCUGUGAUGCUGCAGAGUUUUAACGAUGCGAACACUUACUUCAUCUUGGACAGCAACAUGCCCCUGAGAGCUGCCUUGGAAAUCAAAAAGAUCUCCCAGACAGAUGUCAGGGUUAUCCAAAAUGAACACUUUGAGCUGCCUUUGAAACUUACCUAUCCACUAGACUUCUCUGAAUCUCUACUCUAUGGCCUUCUGUUGAUUGUUGACGGCGCGCCCGGAAGUCAGUCAGUCAGCGAUAAAUACGAGCUGGGCUGGGACUCGGUGCUCGUCAGCUGCGACGAGGUGAUCGUGGCCCGGUUAGACGGCAGGGGGACGGGCUUCCGGGGCCAGAUGGUCCUGCAGCAGGUCCACCAGCGCCUGGGCACGGUGGAGGUCCAGGACCAGAUAGCCGCGCUUGAAUACUUGAUGACACUUCCAUACAUUGACCGCGCGCGGAUUGGAAUCUACGGAAAGGGAUACGGUGCUUAUCUCACCCUGAUGCUGCUGAGGUCCACUGCUCUGAUUCAGUGUGCGGCUGCUGAUUCCCCGGUGAUUGACUGGAAAUUGUAUGCGUCAGCGUUUUCAGAGCGAUACUUUGGCCUGACAUCAAAGAAUGACAAUCGCUAUCAGGUUUCCAGAGUGCUUCCAAAUAUGAAAGGACUGCAAGGAAAUCUAAUGAAAGGACCUCAAGGACCUGCUUUUCUGUUGAUCCAUGGAACAGCUGAUGCAAACGUUCAUUUUCAGCAUUCAGCGGAGCUGAUUAAGCACCUGAUCAAAAUUGGAGCGAACUACACAAUGCAGAUCUACCCAGACGAGGGCCACUUCCUCUCCCUGAAGGGCGAACAGCACCUCUCUGAGUCCCUGGUUGGCUACUUCAGAACGUGUUUCCAGGACUUCAGCACACCACUACCGGAGGAGCUAGGCAAAGAGGAAGACGACUGACAGGGCCGACAGACAGAGGGGCGGACCUGGGAUAGCUACGACUGACAAGAAUGAUCUGCCUGUUGAUCCGCAGGCCAACAUUAUAUUUAAAUAAAACUUAAAUAAUCUAAAUUGGAACACAUUUAAAUACAUUUUAUGUAUUUAAUGUCAAUGUUAUUCAUAUUUUAUUAGCAAACAGGUAUAUUACAUACAUUAUUUAUAUGCAUUUACAGUUCCAGGCAAAUGUUUGGACCCCCUUACCCAUUCAACUUGAAUUGUGUCCAAACUUUUGACUGGAACUGUGUGUGUGUGUGUAUAUAUAUAUAUAUAUAUAUAUAUAUAUAUAUAUAUAUCUACCUACAAUACCAUGUAUACAUACAAAAUAUAUUAUCUAAAUUGGGUCAGUGAAAAAAGUAAAGAGUCCCAAUUUAGAUUGUUUUAAGUAUAUUAAAAUAAUAUAUAUAUAUUUUUGUUUGAGGAUAAGGUCUUUAAUGUAAGCCAGACAUAGCUGUGAAGUGUGUGUGUGAGUGUGCGUGGAUAUGUGCGUGUGUGCACACGCAUAAGAAAAAGAGGCUUUCUAUUUGCAGAAUAGCAACAUUGUUGAUAGACAAAAUGUGAGGGUUGAUGGGGAUUAAAUUUCUUUUUACAUUUCAGUUUCACUCAGUUCUAAUUGGUAAGAUUCCUCCCUUUUACCUUCAUCUGUAUUGUCAUAUUGUAACAGCGUGCUUUUGUUGAAGCCUGCAUUCAUCCACACAAUUCAAAUUUUAAUAAGCAUAAUUAACAAAACAAUUUUCUGCCUACUUUAACCCAUACAUAUCUGUGCCCUAAUACUUCAGUUUUACUUGGUUUUUGACUUAUGCACAUUAUGCUUGAAGUCAUGUGAGUUGUUAUGCUACAUUAUUUGAUCAAGUGCAAUUUCUCAUGUCUACUUCUGACAUGCUGUCUUCAGUUGUAUGUAUGUGUGUAUGCAGGGUAUACAAUGUAUAUAUUUUGCGAUAUAUGUGUUCAACAGGGUUCACUUAUUUGAAUAAUGUAAUGGUCUUCGUUUUUGCUAGGGUUUGUUACACUUUAGAAUAAUAGCCAUUGUCUUUGGAAUAACUGAACAGUAAAGGAUUAAAGAACUCGACGACAUUCUUUCAGUAA